UGGUCAUUUUAUCAUCGCCGACGCAAUUUACCUUCAAACAAAUUACAAAACAAUCGAGAUAUGAAAGUCUAUUAAUUAAGCCAAAUGAUGGAGAUGGUUAAAAGGGUCAUUAAUUAAGACUCUUGAAGGUUAAAGUGAAAGUGGGCAAGGUAAGGGUGGACAUUAGACCCUUUGGACGUCAUAGACAAGAGAUGAGGAUGAUAAUGAUGAUGAGGAUGAUUAAAACGAAUGCAGAUUCUCCUGUUGAAUCACUAAAUAAGUUUUGCUUAUAUUAAGUUAAUCAAACGUGAGAGUUGACACUUAUUAUCAAUUGACCAACUUGACCAAUCAAAAAAUCAACAAAGUUUUUCUUUCGAUCCCAUUGUCAAUACUAAUUAGUUAAUUUUUCUCUUUUUAUAUUCCUACUAAAUUAUCAUCGCCUGUUAAUUAUGGUCAAUCAAAUUAAAACUAUCACCUCGUGUUUACCAUUUCUGUUGAUCCUUCAAACUUGGUUUCUAGUAAAUGUAUCAGGCAAUAAAGUACAUCUAUCGGAUGGAGCACUGAAAUUAAUCAUUAGGAGCUACGUUAAUGAUUUAUUAUCAAAGUAUCAACCGGAUGACAAUUUAAAAGCUCACCUUCAUCAGAUGAGUAAUCACGUUGCUAAUCAUCCGGCUUUGUACCAGAAACGUUUAUACAUCGGACCCGAAGCACCAACAGUUGAUCCAGAAUUGGAAGAUGAUCAUUCGCGAUCGAUGAUGAGUAAACGAAAAGUCCCUAAAGAGGAAAGUCCAACGGAGCAAUUUCCCUCUGAGGAAAUUUGUCCAACUAAUCGUCAGUGGGAACAAUUAAAUAAGACUCACGAUCUUUAUGAUAAUGAAGUUGAAGUGAUGCAAGAAGAGGGAAUGACUCAAUUCAUUUAUACUUAUCGAUGCUCCUCGAAAACAGCUUCAUCUUGUGUCGGAAUCUCACCUUUAUACAACUCCGAGUGUACGGAGCGUAAUGGUUGGGUUUAUAUGCUGUACAAGAAACCGGAGGACGAAGCACCUCAGUGGGGCUACGUGGCCGCUCCUCAUCAUUGUGCUUGUAAAAUUCAGCCCAAAAUUGAAGUAACUGUACCAUCCAGUGAACGCUAAUAUCGUUGAUCGUGUUGGUUGUCGCAAAUCACAUGCACUGAUUACAAUUAAUUCCUGUUAAAUUGCUUAAAUCCUCAUGUUCAUCACUUGCUGUUUGAUUUCCAACCAAAUUAACUAAACAUAAUCAUCGUCAUCAUUUCAUUCAUCUGAUUUUAAUCAUCAUAAGCAGUUGGGAAACAAUUCCAACGACAAUAAUCAACAAAUCAAUAUCUUAACAGUCCAACGUUUAUUAAGCUCAAUUUGGGCUCAAUAAUCAUAAUUGAACAAUUUAUGUGACAACCUAAAAGAAAGACCUAAUUACCAAAUCAACACAGACAAUCAACAAUCAAUCAGAAAUCACCAAAGUCUCAAAACGAUGUAUUAAUAAUAAUAAUUUUCUCAUCUCUCUCUUUCUCUCUGACUUAAUUGUAACAAUCAAACAGAACUCUAAAUACUAUUAUUUCUAAUCAACAACAUAAUAAUCAAAUAUGAAGAUGUGAUUAACAAAUCAAAUCGUAAUUGUUAAUCACUUUCAUUUAUAAAUCAAUCUAAUUGCAAUGAACAAAAACAAAUUAAAUGAAAAUGCAAUCAACAAA